AUUAUUUAGCAAAGUAAAAGUAAAUACGCCAUUUAUUAGUAAAUUAACAAACCAGAGGCUACGACUCCAUACAUUUUUUGUUAACUCGUAAGACCGGUCAAAGUUCGCUGCUUACUAAACACUUUUCGCGAUAAAAUAAAUUAAAUUUUAUAAUUAAACUCUUCAAGGCGUUGGUUACUCUGUUGUUUGAUAUUCAAAUAUUAUAAUUGCAGUCACUAGUUACUGUAUUUAUUUAAUUUAAAACAUUCAGCCGCAAAUACUUCAGACAUUCCAGUCAAAAUGGUGCGCAGAGAACCAGUCUAUGUAGUGGGGGUGGGAAUGACCAAGUUCGAGAAACCCGGGUCCCGGGAUGACUUCGACUACCCGGAGAUGGUGAAGGAGGCGGUGACGAAGGCACUAAAGGACGCAAGAGUGUCCUACGACUCAAUAAAAGGAGCCGCGGUGGGUUACGUCUACGGAGACUCGACCUGUGGUCAGCGCGCCCUCUACGAAGUCGGACUGACCGGAUGCCCCAUCUUCAACGUCAACAACAACUGCUCCACUGGGUCAUCAGCGCUGAUGAUCGCCAAGCAGAUGAUCGAGACAGGUCGCGCUGACUGCACCCUGGCGGUGGGUUUUGAAAAAAUGGAGCGCGGGUCGUUGACCUCAAAGUUCCUGGACCGGACGAACCCCAUGGACAAGCACGUGGGUCUCAUGUCGGAGAUAGCCGGGAUCUCGGAUGGGCCAAUCACUGCCCAGAUGUUUGGCAACGCGGCUAUAGAGCACAUGCAGAAGUACGGGACCAAGCCCGAGCACUUUGCGAAAAUCGCGUACAAGAAUCAUCUGCACUCGGUGAAUAAUCCGAACUCCCAGUUCAGGACCAAGUACAGUCUCGAGGAAAUUUUGAAGGCCCCGAAGGUCUUUGGGCCGCUGACAAAGUUGCAAUGCUGUCCCACUUCUGAUGGCAGCGCUGCGGUGAUCCUGGCGAAUGAACAGUUUGUGAGAAGACACAACUUGCAGAAUCAGGCGGUGGAGAUCUUGGCCAUGGAGAUGACCACUGAUACCCCAUCUACUUUUGCUGAGAAAAGUUCCAUUAAACUUGUUGGGUACGACAUGACGAAACUCGCCGCAGAAAAAGUAUUCGCCAGCGUUCCCUACAAUCCAACCGACGUCGACGUGAUCGAGCUCCACGACUGCUUCUCCGCGAACGAGCUCAUAUCCUACGAAGCCCUCGGACUCUGCCCACCCGGUCAAGCUGCUCGACUAAUCGACUCCGGGAACACGACCUACGGCGGCAAAUACGUCGUCAACCCCAGCGGGGGUCUCAUAUCCAAAGGCCACCCCCUCGGCGCCACCGGUCUCGCCCAGUGCGCAGAACUCGCCUGGCAACUCCGUGGUGAGGCCGGUCCUCGGCAAGUACCUGGUGCUAAACUCGCUCUCCAGCAUAACAUCGGCCUAGGCGGCGCUGUGGUCGUCGCUCUCUACAAGCUCGGGUACCCCUCCGCCCCCAUGAUGAAUUUGGUCAGCGCCAAGGUCUCUCCCGACGCAUUCCAGGCCAACAAAGUCUUCAAAGUAUUCGAGGCCGCCAUGCAGGACGACGAGGACGGACUCAUCGAGAAGUACCGCGGCGUCUACGGGUUCAAAAUAAUAAACGGCCCAGGUGGCGCCGAGGGCUACUGGAUUAUCAACGCCAAGGCCGGAAAGGGCAAAGUUGAGUUUGACGGCAAGGAAAAACCUGACGUAAUUUUCACCAUCAGCGACACCGACAUCGUCGACUUCAUUUCCGGGAAACUCAACCCACAGCAGGCUUUCUUCCAGGGAAAAAUUAAAAUCAAGGGCAACAUGGGCCUGGCUAUGAAAUUACCGGACCUUCAAAAACGCGCCGCAAAAAAAAUUGAACUGCUCAAAGCCAAACUCUAAAAUUUUUUUUUUUUUCUGGGUCGAGGUCGAGGUCAAGAUCAAAGUCGGGUGGGGGUACAAGUUGAGCUUUAAUAUACUAGGUAAUUUUUAUUUUUUUGCCGCGAAAAUUUAAUUAUUUAAAUUUGGCGGGAAAAUUUUAAAUAAUUAAUAUAAUGAAGUUUUAUAAAAUUGUUAUAUAAUUUUUUUAUAAAUGUUGAGGGAUGAGGUUGUAGAUCUAAUAAAAAAUUAAUUAAAGUAAUUAGUAAUUAAUAA